CAUUUGUUUAUUUUAUUCGAUUCGAUCAAACAAAAAAACAUGAUAACAUUUUGUGAUAAUCGUUCAAAGACAAGGAGACGUCUACGACAACACUCUCAAAACGUCACCGUUUUUACUCAAUCGGUGUCGGAAAUCACCGCCGACAUGCCGGAAGAAAUCAUCGUUGAGAUACUCCUUCGACUUCCGGUGAGAUCCCUCCUUCAAUUCAGGUGCGUUUGCAAACUCUGGAAAACGUUAAUCUCAGAUCCCCAAUUCGCAAAGAAACACGUUUCGAUCUCAACCGCUUAUCCACAAUUGGUCUCUGUCUUUGUCAGUAUUGCAAAGUGCAAUCUCGUAUCUUAUCCUUUAAAACCACUGUUGGAUAACCCAUCAGCCCACCGUGUUGAACCCGCUGACUUUGAAAUGAUACACACCACAUCAAUGACAAUCAUAGGUUCAUGCAAUGGGUUGCUUUGUUUGAGUGAUUUCUAUCAAUUUACUUUGUGGAAUCCUUCUAUCAAAUUGAAAUCCAAACCAUCUCCAACCAUUAUUGCUUUUGAUAGUUUUGAUAGUAAGAGGUUCCUAUAUCGUGGCUUUGGCUAUGAUCAAGUUAACGACAGGUACAAGGUCCUAGCAGUUGUGCAAAAUUGCUAUAAUUUGGAUGAAACUAAGACCUUAAUUUAUACAUUUGGGGGAAAAGAUUGGACAACUAUUCAAAAGUUCCCAUGUGAUCCGUCGCGGUGUGAUCUUGGUCGGUUAGGGGUUGGGAAAUUUGUGAGCGGCAAUUUAAAUUGGAUAGUUAGUAAAAAGGUGAUAGUUUUCUUUGAUAUUGAGAAGGAAACGUAUGGGGAGAUGUCGCUGCCUCAAGAUUAUGGUGACAAGAAUACUGUGUUGUACGUUUCAAGUAACCGUAUUUACGUAUCUUUCGAUCACUCUAACAAAACUCAUUGGGUUGUGUGGAUGAUGAAAGAGUAUGGAGUUGUUGAGUCAUGGACUAAACUGAUGAUCAUCCCACAGGAUAAGUUAACAUCACCUGGUCCUUAUUGUUUAUCCGAUGCCUUGUUCAUUUCGGAACACGGAGUUCUCUUGAUGAGACCUCAGCAUUCUAAACUCAGCGUAUAUAACUUGAAUAAUGAUGGUGGCUUAGAUUAUUGUACUACAAUUUCUGGUCAAUUUGCACGUUAUCUACAUAUUUACAACGAGAGUCUGGUAUCACCACACUGGCUAAAACACAGUCAAAAGAAAAACAAAAGAAAAAGGAAGCAAAAACUAGGAUCCGAAAGCCCAAAGCUUGUAAGGCAUUCAUGCUAGCUCUUACUCUCUAAAAGUGACAUUUUAUCAUGCAGUGAACUCCUUAACCAAGACUGUCAUUGCAACACAGUUGAAACAUAGCUUGUCACUCAAAGAAACUGCUGUCACCACUGUGUGACAGAAUACCUUCUAGAUCAAUUUUAAUUAUGCUAUUUUCUGUAAAUCUUUAAGCCCUUCUAUUCCCUUCUAAGGAUAUUGUCGACAAUAGUUGGUUAACAAAUUUCUUAGAUUGUGGCAUUGAUUGGGAAAUUCGUUGUAACCAAAUUGCUUACUUAUAGCCUUCAAGGAAAAUGGAAUAUGCAGACAAUUCACACUAUUCAAUUUAUCCUUA